GCAAAAUAAGUCACUCCAAGUACGCAAUGGGCUUCCUAAGACCAUGGAGGAGCGAUCGUGGACUCAACAAGCUAUCGACAGGUUCUUCAAGACCCGUGAAUCUCCAACUCAAUCAGAGUGUGAUGACCAUGCCCGUAAGAUCUCUGGUGCCUCCGCAGUCCAGGAAAUUGCCGUUCCGGGCUCGCUGAGCUACACGGUCCGUUGCAUAAAUUUUCCAGACGAACGGCGGGAUCUGGUCGUGUCUUUUCGACAACCCGAGUCCACCCUGGAUCAAGCUGUCAUCAAGCUGGCAAGAUCUAUCCACGGCGCAUUAGUGCCGGAAGCUACCUUCCAUGGCAAAAUGCCUGAUUCCAACCCGCCUCUUCUCGUCUACACGAUGCCCUAUUUGCCAGGCAUUCCUUGCCUAGAGGCACUCGGCAGCAAAGCUGAGUUGAGCCUCGAAGAAGAGGGUAGACAUAUAUGUUUUGCCAAGCAUCUAGCCAGGUACUUUGCUCGGUGUUGGUUAAACCCACAACCGGUUGACCCUGAAGUGCAAGCAGAUUGCCAGGACAGAGUCUAUCACCGACUCAUGAAAAUAAAGAAUUCAUCACCCUCCAUACUUCCCUGCACGACAAUCAUCGAACUGGAACGCAGCCUCCCAAUUCUCUUCAGACAAACAUACCCGCAAGUUCUCACACACAAUGACCUUUCUCAAACAAACAUCCUGAUCAACAAGGAGACUUUUGAGAUCACAGGUGUUGUCGAUUGGUCCUUAGCCAGAGUGCUGCCGUUUGGCAUGGAACUGGACACUCUUCUAUUAGCAACUGGCUACAUGGACCUCAGCGGCUGGCACAAUUACACAUGCCGCCUGCAAAUGCUUAAUGCUUUUUGGGAUGAGUUCUGGAUUCAAUGCCAAGUUUACGAUGAUGUACACCAGCGGGAGAUCCGUGCUUCUGCGAUGCAGGCCACCAAAAUCGGCGCAGUGCUGCACUACGCGUUCCAGCGUAACGCCGAUGGCUCCCCAUCCGAGGAGCUGACGACUUCUAAAUGGGCAUUGAAAACGCUGAACGCUUUGCUUUUGGACCAAUCGUUAUAG